CGAGUACUUUACUUUUUAUGAUACCGCCCCGGCUGACCGGUUACGUUGUGUGGCGUUAAUGUUGGAGGGUCCGGCGGCGGAUUGGUUUCGAUGGCGUCAAAACGGAAAAUUGAUUUCCGGAUGGGAUGAUUUUGUUGAAAAGUUUAAACUGCGCUUUGAUCCCUUGCAUUAUGUGGAUUAUUUUGCACAAUUGGCUAAGCUCCGGCAAACAGGGUCUGUCAUGGAGUAUCAAACCGAGUUUGAGAAAGUCCUACAACAUGUGACCGGGGCAUCCGAAGCUAACCACAUAUCAAUUUUUCAUUCGGGACUCCGGCCGUAUUUACAACAUGAAAUUGCCCUCUUAGCACCAGAAACACUGUCGGAUUCAUUUGCUUUGGCUAGAGAAUUGGAAGCCAAACACGCUGCCUUGCUACAGGCCAUGCUGCAGCGCCAAAAUACCUGGACGUCUGGAGCAAAUUCCCGACCUCCUCUGCCUCGUUCCCCGGUGCCGGCUACAACGGAUUCCACUUCGGCUACAACAGCUUUAGCAACACCCAUCCGCCGUCUCACACGAGCGGAGAAAAUGGAAAAAGACGCGAAAGGUGGACGACGGGUGGACAAAACAGCCACCGUUGUUGAUCCAUGGGUAACGGCGGACAUCUCGAGUCUACAGAGCUUGACCGGGGCUGUUACUCCUCGUUCUUUACAUCUCACGGGCACCAUCGGGACGCACGAAUUACAAGUUUUGAUCGACGAGGGAAGCACCCACAAUUUCAUUCAUCCGCGGGUGGUGUCCAAAUUACACUUAGCUGUGACGCAUGUGCCGCCAUUUCGAGUAUACGUGGGUAAUGGUGAUUACCUCCUCUGUGAUACUCAAUGUCUCCAAGUCAAGUUGGAUUUGCAGGGCACCAUAUUUCCGGUUGAUUUGUUCGUCCUUCAAAUCCAUGGGCCGGAGAUAGUUUUGGGGGUUCAAUGGCUGCAACUAUUGGGGAAAGUCGCUCAUGACUACUCUAAAUUGACAAUGGAGUUUCAAUGGGAGGACAAGUCAGUGAUUUUAAAGGGUUUGCUUCAGGCCCCAAAAGUAGUCUCUCUCCAAGUUUUACAAGCAAUUCAUAAUCUGGCAAGAGCUCGUGACUACAUGGAAAUUCUCUACUUGCAUACGCCGGCAACUCCAGCCUUUACCACAUUGAAGCAGAACAUGACGGCAGCCCCCGUCUUGCGGUUGCCAGAUUUUUCUGUGAUGUUUGUGGUGGAGACCGAUGCAAGUUCAACCGGUAUUGGCGCGGUGUUACUUCAACAGGAGCAACCGAUCUCAUUUUUUAGCAAGAAGUUGGGUCCCUGGCGUGCAGUGGCAUCCGCCUACCAUCGGGAGUUAUACGCCAUUGUUGAGGCCGUCCAGAAGUGGUGUCAGUAUUUGUUGGGUCGCAUGUUCACGGUGCGUACAGACCAGCGGAGUUUAAAGGAGUUGUGGCAACAAGUGAUCCAAACCCCCGAUCAGCAGUUUUAUGUUCGGAAAUUGUUGGGGUUUCGAUUUCAAAUUGAGUAUAAGACAGGUCCUUCCAACCGCGUGGCAGAUGCUUUGUCAAGGCGUGAUGAGCCGGCGCUUUCUGGCCAAUCGCUGGUGUUACUGUCCCAGCCAGUCCCGAACCUCCUUAGCCACAUCCGGGCUGAUAACACGACACAGCCGGAUUUGCUUCGCCUCCAUGACGGGCUUCGCCAGGGCACGUUGAGCACUGACUAUACGGUGGCAGACGGCAUCCUUUAUUUUCGUCGACGCAUUUACAUUGGGGUUAAUUCAGCAUUACGGAUGGUCCUCAUCCAUGAAUAUCAUGAUGCCCCGAUGGCCGGACAUUCGGUUGACAAACUGCUCGUGGAACGAACUGAGAUGCUAGGCCGGCUGCGUCAAAGAUUGGCCCUGGCCCAGCAAUGGAUGCAGGCUGCCGCGGAUAAGCAUUGCCGUGAGCUCUCGUUUGAAGUGGGUGACCUGGUCCUUUUAAAGUUACAACCGUACCGGCAACACUCAGUCGCGGUACGGCGGUCGCAGAAGUUGGCCCGGAGGUAUUAUGGGCCGUUCGAAGUUCUUGCCAUAGUCGGGGCAGCGGCCUAUCGUCUCAAACUUCCGAAGGGGGCGCGUAUCCAUCCGGUAUUUCAUGUGUCAUUGUUGAAGCCAUUUCGGGAGAGUGGGGAUGGAAUCUCGGCCUUGCCUCUUCCAGAUGCUUUGGUGCAGGGGGACCCCGUUUCUGCUCCAGUACGCAUACAUGGGAGACGGACGAUUUUGCAAAAUGGUAGGGCAGUGGAGCAAGCUUUGGUCCAGUGGUCGGAUGGUGGGUUGGAUGACGCUUCGUGGGAACCAUUGGAUACGAUUCGAGAGCACUUUCCUCAAUUUCACCUUGAGGACAAGGUGCUUCUUGAACCGGGGGAGAAUGUUACGACUGGGGCUCGUGAGGACGUCGAGGACGGGGCUGACCAUGCAUGCAUGGGGGAGGUGCGGCGUAGGACAAUCAAAGCUCUGAAGGUGAAGGUUCAGAGGACAGAAAAAAUGAUGGAUGCUGAGUGGGCCAAACACAGGAAGAACGACAAACCGGAAAAAUUGUCGGAAGAAGAGUUGGAGGAUUUGAAGGACAUGGCAACAAGUACAAUAUGCCUAUGCCUUGCAAAUAAUACUCUUCGAGAGGUUCUCGGUUUAACGGUCUUGGUGGAUAUUUGGGACAAGCUGGAGAGCCGGUACAAGUCGAAAUCGUUAACAAGUAGGCUAUACUUGAAGAAGCGACUGUUUGGUCUCCAAAUGGCGCAGGAAGCUAACGUUAAUGGACACUUGGAUGAAUUCAACAAGAUUACAACAGAGUUGGAAUCCAUUGAUGUGAAGAUUGAAGAGGAGGACAAGGCGCUGCUUUUGUUGGCUUCAUUGCCUUCAUCUUUUGACAACAUCGUGACCACACUUUUGUUUGGAAAAGAGACCUUAAAAUUUGAUGAAGUAGUUGCUGCGUUGUUGAUGAACGAGACUCGACGGGGUGGCAACGGGGUAUCAAAUGACGGUCAAGCUUUGGUAGCAAAAGGAGCUAGUCGGGAACGAGGACGGUCUAAAGAGAGGGGCGGCGCGUCCCAACGCUUCAAAUCGAGUAGUAAAAGCUUUCGGUGUUACUACUGCGAUGAAGAGGGUCAUUUCAAAAGGGAUUGUCUAAAGAGGAGGAAGGAAAAGAAGGACGGGAAAACACCCGUGACUGUGGUUGCAGAAUGUUCAAACCAAGAAAGUGAAGAUGACUUGUUUUUGGCAACCACAAAGAGUCUAGGUAAAUCGGAUUGGAUAUUAGAUUCGGGUUGUUCGUUUCACAUGUGUUCAAUUAAGGAAAAGUUUGAUACGUAUCAAACUUGUGAUGGGGGUGCUGUGAAGAUGGCAAAUGGUGCACGGAGCAAGAUUGCAGGGGUCGGAACAGUGCAAGUUUGCAUGUUUGAUGGCGUGGUGAGAACAUUAACUGGAGUGAAACAUGUACCGGGUCUAAAAGGAAAUUUAAUUUCAUUGGAGGCUUUAGACUCAGAAUGCUACCGAAUUUUUGCUCAAGGUGGAGUGUUAAAAAUUUCUAGGGGAGCAAUGGUGGUAGCAAAAGGAGUUUUGUCAAAGGGCUUGUAUAAACUUGUAGAAAAAGAUUUGACACAGAAGCGAUCAGAAGGAAACAUUACAAGUGCAACAAGCGGAGCAUUUACAUGGAAGAAGCGGGUGAUGUUUGAAGCUUCUCAGGUUGGUGGAGACUUUGACCUUGCCAGAAUGAGCGGGGUGGAGCCGGACCGUGGUUUGAUUAAUUAAUCAAGUGGUGCAUUAAUAUCACAAGUUCUCAAUCUACAUAUAAACUUGUACAUUGAAUAAUCACCUUGGUUCCCAUGACAUUGGGAACCAAUGUCAUGGGAUGACCCGGGGGCGCUCCGGUGCCCCGUUCGUAAAAUUGACGAUUCCUACCCCCAUGACAUUGGGAACCUUGCCCUUGAAUAAUAUAUCAUCAAUUAACACAAUCUUUUACACUGCACGCACCAAUGAGCUGAGGAGCUGAGGAGGUCUGGGUCUUUAAUUUCCAAGAGCCAAACCAAGCAUGCAUCUUCCAUAUUAGUGAGGUAAACAAUACUCACUCCAUCUCACAAAACAUUAUCCAUUUUGAAUAGUAUUUGGUCAAACAGUUACACAAUUUGACUACAAAUUGUGAGAAAAAGUAUACUGAAUUAUAAUAUAAAUUUAAUAUAAUUGGAUUUAUCUU